UUAAUUUACCAUAACAAAUCAUUGUCCUCAUUAUUACUAUAGAACAAGUGUUCAAAGCUGUUUUUAUUUUCUCUUAGUGUAGUGUUGCAUAAUUGCAUUGAGCAAUAAUGGCAUCAAAUUCGAAGAAGAAUGGUGCAUCAGUUGUUUUUGAAGACUACUUCCCUUCAAUGAUGGAGAAACUAGGAAGUGAAGGGUUUAUGAAGGAAUUGACAAAUGGUUUUAAUGUGUUGAUGGAUAGAGAGAAGAAAGUGAUAACAUUUGAGAGCUUGAAGAGGAACUCUGCAUUACUUGGGUUGGAAGGUAUGAGUGAUGAAGAGAUUAUAUGCAUGCUUAGAGAAGGUGAUCUUGAUGGAGAUGGAGCUCUUGAUGAGAUGGAGUUUUGCACCCUCAUGUUUAGGUUGAGUCCUGCUUUGAUGAAUGACUCUAAGCAACUUUUGGAAGAAGCUAUUUUCACUGGCAUUUGACUUUACUUUUGUUAAUGUCCUUUUAAUUAGCCUCUAAGUUCCCUCUCUUGUAUUCCUAAGGUGCUUCCUUUUUGGUGUGUCUCUAAUUCAACAAUGGACUGGUCUUUUUGUUA